AUGGCCGACGAAAGAAGUAAACUUGAGCAAGCUGGAGAGGGCACCAACUUCUCGUCAGACGAAAUCGACCGGCUGAGAAAGCGGUUCAUGAAGCUGGACACUGACGCCUCUGGAAUUCUGGAAACCAACGAGUUUCUGUCACUGCCUGGCGUGGCUGCCAACCCGCUGGCGUCGCGGCUGAUGGAUGUAUUUGACGAGAACCACUCCGGUGACGUAGACUUCCAGGAGUUCAUCAAUGGUCUCAGCACAUUUUCCACCAAGGGAAACAAGAAGGAGAAGCUGCGGUUUGCAUUCAAGGUGUACGACAUUGAUCGAGACGGCUACAUUUCCAACGGAGAGCUAUUCAUUGUGCUGAAGAUGAUGGUUGGCAACAACCUCAAGGACGCCCAGCUGCAACAGAUUGUCGACAAGACCAUAAUGGAGGCUGAUAAGGACGGGGACGGCAAGAUUUCCUUUGAAGAGUUCGAGGCCCAGGUCGGAGGCACGAACGUUUACCAGAGCAUGACUCUGGAUCUCUUUUAG